AUGGAUAAAGAGAAACAAGUAAUGCCUACCGGGUUUGGUGAAAACCUUCCUGGUUUUAUAAAUAAUAAAGUAUUUGGAACUAUUCCUGGUGUUAAUAGCUUAGAGUUGUUUGAUCUUGCGAACUAUAACUUGUCCAAUAUUGCAAACUAUGAAUUGUCUGGUCCUUUGAAUUAUAACUUGUCCAAUCUUGCAAACUAUGAAUUGUCUGGUCCUUUGAAUUAUGAAUUGUCUUGUUCUUUGAACUUUGGGUUGUCUGGUUCUGUGAACUAUGGGUCAUCUGGUUCUGUGAACUAUGGGUCAUCUGGUUCUGUGAACUAUGGGUCAUCUAGUUCUGUGAACUAUGGGUCGUCUGGUUUUACAAAUUUAGAAUCAUCUAGUCCUAUGAAUUUGGAAGCACCUAGUGCUACGAAUCUGGAGUCGUCUGGUCUUACGAAUUUGGAGUUGCCUGGUUCUACAAAUUUAGAGUUGCCUGGUUCUAUGAAUUUGGAGUUGCCUGGUUCUACGAAUUUGGAGUCGCCUGGUUCUACGAAUUUGGAGUUGCCUGGUUCUACGAAUUUGGAGUUGUCUGGUUCUAUGAAUUUGGAGUUGUCUGGUUCUACGAAUUCUGGGAGAAUUGGGUUAACUAAUAAUUUGACUAACCCUGAAAGUUCUGGGUUUGACAAUAAUGUGAAU